GCUAUUGAUAUUGUUAAUUAUAAAAAUACAAAGAAAAAAUUUAUAAAAUUUAAUAAUUCAACAAAUAAUUUAUUAGAUAUUAAAAAUAAUUUUUAUAUAAAAAAUUCAUCAAAUAAAUGUCCAUCAAUGACAUCAUCACCAUCAUCAAUUAAUUUUGAUUCACCAUCAUCAAUUAAUAAUUUUAAUACAUUACAAUGUAAUAAUAAAAGUAUAUCAUUACAACAAUGUAAAAUUGAAAAUCAACAACAGAAUCAACUGUUACAACAGCAACAACAACAACAGAAACAACAGCAGCAACAGCAACAACAACAACAACAGAUUACAUUUACAAGAACACCAUCACGUACAAGUUGGUCUCAUAUAUCAACACCAGAAUCACUUGAAUGGGAUAUUGAUGAAGAACAACAAAAACAAUUACGUGUCGAAGAUGAUAAUUUAGAUCAUGAAACAUUAGAAUUAUUACAUGAAAUUGAAUUAUUAAAAAAUAAAGUUUUAAAUGAAACUGGUAGCGGUCUAAUAGAUGAUAAAUUCGAAAUGAAUUGGAAAAAUGAUAGUAGUUGAUUUUAGGUUGUUUUUUUAAAAAAUUAAAAUUGUUUUUUUUUUUUUGGUUUAUUCAAAAUUACCUGUAUUAAAAAUUAUACAAGUAUUAACAGAAAUUUCUGUACACUUUAAACUUUUCGUUUAAACUGAUUACAUUAAUUACUUAAGUACUUUCGAUUAGUACAUUCACUUAUAUAAAACCUAUUUCUGUUAUAUUGUUGACUUUAACAAUUUUGUACAGAAAAUUG